AUGGGAACUUCGAGUGCAAAUGACAUGGACGUGGUCGUGGACGUGGACGUGGACGUGGACAUGGACAUGGACAUGGACGUGGACAUGGACGUGGACAUGGACGUGGACGUGGACAUGGACGUGGACAUGGACGUAGACAUGGACGUAGACGUGGACGUGGACGUGGACGUGGACGUGGUCGUGGACGUGGUCGUGGACGUGGACGCGGACGUGGUCGUGGACGUGGACGUGGACGUGGACGGGGACGCGGACGUGGACGCGGACGUGGACGCGGACGUGGACGUGGACGGGGACGUGGACGUGGACGUGGAGUGGACGUGGAUGGACGUGGACAUGGAUGUGGACGUGGACGUGGACGUGGACCUGGACGUGGACGUAGACGUAGACGUGGACGUGGACGUGGACAUGGACGUCGACGUGGACGUGGACGCGGACGUGGAGGACGUGGACGUGGACGUGGACGUGGACGUGGACGUGGAGAACUUGGACGUGGACGUGGACGUGGACGUGGACGUGGAGGUGGACGUGGAGGUGGACGUGGACGUGGACGUGGACGUGGACGUGGACGUGGAGAACUUGGACGUGGACAUGGACGUGAACGUGGACAUGGACGUGGACAUGGACGUGGACGUGGACGUGGACGUGGACGUGGACAUGGACGUGGACGUGGACGACGUGGACGUGGACGUGGACGUGGACGUGGACGUGGAGAACUUGGACGUGGACGUGGACGUGGACGUGGACUUGGACGUGGACGUGGACGCGGACGUGGAGGACGUGGACGUGGACGUGGACGUGGACGUGGACGUGGAGAACUUGGACGUGGACGUGGACGUGGACGUGGACGUGGACGUGGACGUGGACGUGGAGGACUUGGACGUGGAUAUGGACGACGUGGACGUGGACGUGGACGUGGAGGACGUGGACGUGGACGUGGACGUGGAGGACGUAGACGUGGACGUGGACGUGGAGAACGUGGACGUGGACGUGGACGUGAACGUGGACGUAGACGUGGACGUGGAGGACGUGGACGUGGACAUGGACGUGGACGUGGACGUGGACGUGGACGUGGACGUGGACGUGGACAUGGACCUGGACAUGGACGUGGACGUGGACGUGGACGUGGACGACGUGGACAUGGACGUGGACGUGGACGUGGACAUGGACUUAGACGUGGACAUGGACGUGGACGUGGACAUGGACGUGGACGUGGACGUGGACGUGGACGUGGACAUGGAGGACUUGGACGUGGAGAUGGACGUUGACGUGGACGUGGACGUGGACGUGGACAUGGACGUGGACGUGGACAUGGACGUGGACGUGGACGUGGACAUGGACGUGGACAUGUACGUGGACGUCGACGUGGAAGUGGACGUGGACGUGGACAUGGACGUGGACAUGUACGUGGACGUCGACGUGGAAGUGGACGUGGACGUGGAUAUGGAAGUGGACAUGGACGUGGAAGUGGACGUCGACGUGGAAGUGGAAGUGGACGUGGACAUGGACGUGGACAUGGACGUGGACGUGGAUGUGGACGAAGACAUGGUCGUGGAUGUGGACGUGGACGUGGACGUGGACAUGGACUUAGACGUGGACGUGGACGUGGACGUGGACGUGGACAUGGACUUAGACGUGGACGUGGACGUGGACGUGGACGUGGUCGUGGACGUGGACGUGGUCGUGGACAUGGACGUGGACGUGGACAUGGACGUGGACGUGGACGUGGACGUAGACAUGGACGUGGACCUGGACGUGGACGAGGACGUGGACGUGGACAUGGACGUGGACGUGGACGUAGACAGGGACAUGGACUUGGACGUGGACGUGGACAUGGACGUGGACGUGGACAUGGACAUGGACAUGGACGUGGACGUGAACGUGGACGUGGACAUAGACGUGGACGUGGACGUGGACAUGGACAUGGACACGUCCACGUCCAUGUCCACCUCCACGUCCAUGUCCACGUCCACGUCCAUGUCCACGUCCAUGUCCAUGUCCAUGUCCACGUCCACGUCCACGUCCACGUCCAUGUCAUUUGCACUCUAA